AUCAGUGGCACACAGAAAAAAGAGAGAGAGUCUCAAUCCUUCAAGGGCAAGUCCUCCUCCUCGUCCUCGUCGUGUUUCUCUCUGUUCUGAUUCGAGAUCCGCCAUGUCCAUGCUCUUCAGAUUCUCUCUCCUCCUCCCUCUCUUCCUCUCUGCGGCCUUUGCUUCCGAGUCAGAUCAUAGGUAUCAACAAGAUGACCCAGUUAUCCUUUGGGUGAACAAAGUUGGUCCUUAUAACAAUCCACAAGAAACGUACAAUUAUUACAGCCUACCAUUUUGCCGUUCACCUGGUAAUCCUGCACACAAAUGGGGUGGUCUUGGUGAGGUCCUGGGUGGCAAUGAACUCAUUGAUAGCCAACUUGAGAUAAAGUUCCUAGGAAAUGUGGAGAAGACCACCUUUUGCCGUAUAGAACUUGAUGAGGCAAAGGUUAAACAGUUCAAGGAUGCAAUAGAGAAUAAUUACUGGUUUGAAUUUUUCAUGGAUGACCUUCCAUUGUGGGGGUAUGUUGGCGAGUUACAUCCUGAUAAGAACGGUGAUAAUGGCAAGCAUGUACUUUACACACACAAGAACAUCAAUGUUCAAUACAAUAAAGAUCAGAUCAUUCAUGUUAAUCUAACUUAUGACAACCCAAGGCCUCUGGAAGUAGGAAAAUCUUUGGACAUGACAUAUUCUGUCAAAUGGUCUCCUACGAAUGUCACUUUUGGACGCCGAUUUGAUGUAUACCUGGACUAUCCGUUCUUUGAGCAUCAGAUUCACUGGUUCUCCAUUUUUAAUUCUUUUAUGAUGGUCAUCUUCCUUACUGGAUUGGUGUCAAUGAUAUUAAUGCGAACAUUGAGAAAUGACUAUGCAAAGUAUGCCCGGGAAGAUGAUGAUUUGGAAACUCUGGAAAGAGAUGUUAGUGAAGAAUCUGGCUGGAAACUUGUGCAUGGUGAUGUUUUUCGGCCUCCUCGCAGUUUGGUUAUUCUUUCAGCUGUUGUUGGUACAGGUGCUCAGCUUGCAUUGCUGGUUCUUCUUGUCAUCUUGUUGGCUAUUAUUGGGAUGUUGUAUGUUGGACGAGGAGCCAUAGUCACAACCUUCAUUGUUUGCUAUGCUCUCACAUCUUUCAUUUCUGGUUAUGUGAGUGGGGGAAUGUACUCACGUAAUGGGGGUAAAAAUUGGAUUAAAUCCAUGAUCCUUACAGCAUCACUGUUCCCAUUCAUGUGCUUUGGAAUUGGUUUUAUUUUAAACACAAUUGCUAUAUUCUAUGGAUCUCUAGCUGCAAUCCCCUUUGGUACUAUGGUUGUUGUCUUUGUUAUAUGGGCUUUUAUCUCUUUCCCUCUAGCACUUCUUGGCACAGUUGUUGGAAGAAACUGGAGUGGUGCUCCAAAUAAUCCAUGCCGUGUGAAGACCAUUCCUCGUCCCAUUCCUGAGAAGAAAUGGUACCUCACACCAUCUGUAGUUUCGCUGAUGGGAGGACUGCUUCCCUUUGGCAGCAUAUUCAUCGAGAUGUAUUUUGUAUUCACUUCCUUCUGGAAUUACAAGGUGUACUAUGUCUAUGGCUUCAUGCUACUGGUUUUUCUGAUUCUUACCAUUGUUACUGUUUGUGUGACAAUUGUGGGGACAUACUUUUUGUUAAAUGCUGAGAACUACCACUGGCAAUGGACUUCUUUCUUUUCAGCUGCCUCAACAGCUGUUUACGUGUAUUUGUACUCAGUAUACUACUACUAUGUGAAGACGAAGAUGUCAGGCUUCUUCCAAACCAGCUUCUAUUUUGGAUACACUUUGAUGUUUUGUCUUGGGCUGGGAAUUCUGUGUGGAGCUGUGGGUUAUCUUGGUUCGAAUUUGUUUGUGAGGAGGAUCUACAGAAACAUCAAGUGUGACUAAGGCUUUUGUAGGAGUCUGAGACCAGAGCACUUCCAUAUGUUUGUUGCUGGAGACAAUAAAUUUCUUAGAGGAAGCCUCUGGUCAUGUGUGGGGACCAAACAAUGUUUGCAGGUAGUAAGUAUCACAGGGUUGAGGAUGGAUGGGGAUGCAUUUUUUCUCUAUGUCUAGGGGAUGUAUUCUUUUCUCUAUACUAGGGAGGCCCUGAGGUUUUUUCCCUGACUGUUUGAAAGCCUAGAUUAGAAUGCAGGGAUUGAUCUUUAUAAUUUAGAUAGUUAGCAAAAUAUCAGACUCGUUGCUUUUUUUUUUUUUUUUUUUUUUUUUUUAUAUAAAUAGGUGCCCUAUUGACGGACUGAUGUCUGAUUCCCCUACACGGUUUAGCUAUUGUACGUAGAGGGGAUGAAGUCUCGGAAAUGAAUUUUGUGCUUCUGAAUUUUGUAUCAAAUCUGAAUAUCCUCUCUUAACUACUUCCUGCA